CACGCGAAAAGAACGCGCUCAGGUCCCGGUCAUCGGUCGCGUACGACCGUUUUGUUGUUACACAUCGCGUCGCGUUCGGCGCUCGUGUUGUCAAAACAAACGCAUUUCGACGCGUAUAAAAACGGACCGCGUUACGUGCAGAAACGUCAAAACCGCCAUCGCAUCGUUAUUGCAGUCCCGCGGUUACCGAAUCGGUCACACGGUCGUCGUCGAUCAACGCGCGCAUCCACGUCCCUUUCGUUCGCCGUGCGCACGGAUCGUUUCCGGCGACGUUUUCGCCUCGUCGCUCUCUCGUCUCGCGCGCAACCACGCCGGCCCUUCGAUUCUCGACAGACCGUCGCCGUAGACGCUGACCCGCGAUGAGUCCUCCGCGAGCCAUGUCCUUCGGCCGCUGUAACGUUUCACCGGUGCCCGCGCUCCUCCUGGUCAUCGUCGCGGUCUGCGUGAUUCCCGCUGCAGUCCGCUGCGGUGAGUCCAAGACCAGGUCGCCGGUCAUGACCACGAGCUCCGGUGGGUACGUGACCACCUACGAUCACAUGGACAUCAGCCGCCUGCUGAGCAACGACAAGCUGGUGACCGCGUACAUCAAGUGCUUCCUAGGCGAGGGUCCUUGCACGGCGGAGUGCCGACAAGCCAAAGCUUUCCUGUUGCCCGACAUCAUAAACACCGUGUGUGCCAGAUGCUCGCCUAGGCAGAAGAUCAUGGCCCGACAGGUGAUGAUACAUAUCUACAACACGAGGCGAUCGGAUUUCGAUCGGAUAAUGCAAAUAUACGAUACGACGGGCAAAUACAACGAAAUCAUCGACUUCAUGAACGGCAAACAAUAGACCGCAACAUAAAUAGAUCGAUUGCAACAAUCGUAACACAUAUUAUAACAAAGUAUAUUUACACAAAAUCAAGUAUAAUACACAUAGAUAAAUAUAGACGCUUUAACUCUUUUGCUAUCUCUGCGCUACUUCAAACUGUGUCCGCGGAUAUUUCACUCUUAUGUAACAAAUAUGCGUUGUACAUGAUAUGAUAAAGUCAGUAGAUAAAACUGUAUUACAUACUAAUUUUUAUGUAAACACCAUAAUAGAGUAAUAAAUAACAAUAAAACAACGGUUUCGAAUUGAUGGGCCCGAGACUUUUA